CAUAAGCGGGCAGGCUGUCUGGUGUGCUCUUGCGUUCCCUCGCCUUACUUCUACCACUAGAGGUUGCGUGUCUUCUCUUUCGCUGGGAGAAAUAAACUAAGGAUGUUAAAUCAGAGACUCGUCCCGGGCAUGGUUUUACUCCUGAUGUUUUUCUGCCUCUUCUUGGAAGAUCAAACAGCGCAGGCUGGGAAUUGCUGGCUCCGGCAAGCCCGGAACGGACGCUGCCAGGUUCUCUACAAAAAUGGCCUGAGCAAGGAAGAGUGCUGCAAAACGGGCAGGCUGACCACUUCGUGGACCGAAGAGGACGUCAGCGAUCACGUGCUUUUCAAAUGGAUGAUUUUUAGCGGGGGGGCUCCCAAUUGCAUUCCCUGCAAAGAAACCUGUGAGAAUGUGGACUGCGGGCCUGGGAAGAAAUGUAAAAUGAACAAGAAGAACAAACCUCGGUGUGUCUGUGCUCCGGAUUGCUCUAAUAUCACAUGGAAGGGCCCAGUGUGUGGCCUGGAUGGGAAAACCUACAGGAAUGAGUGUGCCCUCUUGAAAGCCAGAUGUAAAGAACAACCAGAACUUGAAGUCCAAUAUCAGGGCAAAUGCAAAAAGACCUGUAGGGAUGUCUUAUGUCCAGGCAGCUCCACAUGUGUAGUUGAUCAAAAUAAUAACGCCAACUGUGUGACCUGUAAUCGGAUUUGCCCGGAGCCUACCUCCCCUGAACAGUAUCUCUGUGGGAACGAUGGGAUAACAUACGCUAGUGCCUGCCACCUGAGAAAAGCUACCUGUCUUCUCGGAAGAUCCAUUGGACUAGCUUAUGAAGGAAAAUGUAUCAAGGCAAAAUCUUGUGAAGACAUCCAAUGCAGCACUGGGAAGAAAUGUCUGUGGGAUUUUAAAGUGGGCCGAGGACGAUGUGCCCUUUGUGAUGAGCUGUGCCCUGAAAGCAAAUCAGAGGAAGCUGUCUGCGCCAGUGAUAACACCACUUACCCCAGCGAGUGCGCCAUGAAGGAAGCAGCCUGUUCCCUGGGUGUGCUUUUGGAAGUAAAGCACUCAGGAUCUUGCAACUCCAUUAAUGAAGAUCCAGAAGAAGAGGAUGACGAAGAUGACCAGGACUACACCUUUCCUAUAUCUUCCAUUCUAGAGUGGUAAAACUUCCAUCACUGUUGGGACAUUCAUUGGGCAAGAGAUACAAAAUGUCCAUACUGUACAUACGUGUAUGCUUAUUUAUUUGGGGGAGAAAAAAAAGUAUACAUAUAGUUGAGUCUUGUAGACAUUUAUUUAUACUGUGUCAUGGUUUAUAAUUUAUACAUAAAAAUGUCUGGUUGACUGUACACCUUUUUUGGAAGAAAUUUAAUCGUUAUGGGAUGAGCAGUGUUAUUUAUUGUGAGGUCUCUUGCUUGUAAAGUAAAGCUUUUUUCUUGUAAACUAUAAAUCCAUUCCUUAGAGCUUAACCCCCCCUCCCCACACAAAUCUCAUUUCUUCAUUUCCACUGAUGUUAACUCUUUUCCACUUUAACAAAACUUUGCAUGUCCAUUUCUGUUACAUUUUUAAUUUAUUACGUUUCCUUCUUGCCGGUUCUGUACAUACAAACACGAUCCCGCGGGUAUUUGUUUACAAGGAAUCUUGACUGACCAAAAGACUCUGUAAACUGACUUAACUAUAUAUUUGGGGUGCAAAGGAAACCUCCGCCCCCCCCCCCCGCCCUUUACCUUACUGUUCUGAUCACAUCAUGUGUUGAAGUGAUCUCAAAGUACUGGACAUUUAUAUGGUACUAUGAGAAUCCUAGACCCAAAGAAAUCGGAUUAUGAAGGCUGUUAAUAGUGAUGUGGCUAAAUGUAACGAGAGUAUAAUUUUUUAAAAAUACAUUGUCACAUGCAUCAAUGUUCAUUGGGUGUCUCCUACUUUUUUUAAAAUAAGAAAACCAACACAACAAACUCCUUAUUGUUUCGCAAAGUGUUCACAAAAUAUUAUAUCAAAAACUUUAUCAGUUCAAGUUUCUUGCUUUUCAUAAUACUUUUUUUUCUGAGGCAAUUUUAUAUUUUCAAACAUGGCGAGUUAAAUAUAAAUUCAUUUAAAUAUAUAGUUUUGUACUUUUCUACCAUGUAAAUGUGCAAUGUAUAUAAAAGUUAUAAUGUGUAUUUGUAAAUAAAUUAUGAGUGAA